GUGGAGAGUGCCUCUAACUCCAUAACACGUGGAAAGCCACCCCAACCCUAACCCUCCUUCCUUCCUUCCUUCCUUCCUUCCCCUCUUUAUAAAAUCUCAAAUCCACACCUCCCUUUUUCUGAAAACCUCGAACCCAAGUACAACGGGUUUUUGCUUCUCUCACCCGACACAGCACAACAAUAUCUGUACGCCUUCACCUGAAAACUCAAUCCCAGAUCUGAUACCCACCGCCCUCGCUCUCUUCACCGAUCGUCUUCUCUCUUCUCAGGUUGAUUUUUGAUAACGAUGGUGUCUGACGCGAGCAAGAAGAAGGCGGCACAGAAGAAAGCGGCGGCGGCGGCCAAGAGAGGUGGAAAGGCGGCGGCAUCGGCGUCGUCGAAGUCGGCUGCGACCGAGUCGCAGAACGGAGUUGAUAAGCUAUCGAAUGGCGUCGGGGCGAUGCAUAUUUCGGAUCGUAACUGCACCGGCGUUCUCUGUUCGCAUCCUUUGUCUAGAGAUAUCCGGAUAGAGUCUCUAACAGUUACCUUCCAUGGACACGAUCUGAUAGUUGAUUCUGAACUGGAGCUUAAUUAUGGCAGACGUUACGGUUUGCUUGGUUUGAAUGGGUGUGGUAAAUCUACCCUCCUAACUGCAAUAGGCUGCCGAGAGCUUCCAAUUCCAGAUCACAUGGAUAUCUACCAUCUCAGCAGGGAGAUUGAAGCUUCAGACAUGUCUUCACUUGAGGCUGUCAUUAGUUGUGAUGAGGAGAGGAUAAGGUUGGAGAAAGAAGUUGAAGAACUGGCAGCUCUGGAUGAUGGUGGUGGAGAGCAGCUUGAACGCAUUUAUGAGCGCCUUGAAGCAUUGGAUGCAGCAACUGCAGAGAAGCGUGCUGCUGAAAUUCUAUAUGGUCUUGGGUUUGACAAGCAGAUGCAAGCAAAGAAAACUCGGGAUUUUUCUGGUGGUUGGAGAAUGAGGAUUGCACUUGCACGUGCUCUGUUUAUAAACCCAACCAUCCUGUUGCUUGAUGAGCCCACCAAUCAUCUUGAUUUAGAAGCCUGUGUGUGGUUGGAGGAGACCUUGAAGAACUUUGAGCGCAUCCUAGUGGUGAUUUCACACUCCCAGGAUUUUCUUAAUGGUGUGUGCACAAACAUCAUCCACAUGCAGAGCAAGAAACUGAAGAUCUACACUGGAAACUAUGAUCAGUAUGUUCAGACCCGUUCUGAACUAGAGGAGAACCAGAUGAAACAGUAUAAGUGGGAGCAGGAACAGAUUUCUAACAUGAAGGAAUAUAUUGCUCGGUUUGGGCACGGGUCAGCAAAAUUAGCUCGUCAGGCACAGAGCAAAGAGAAAACCCUAGCAAAAAUGGAGCGCGGUGGGCUUACGGAAAAGGUGGCCAGAGACAAGGUUCUAGUCUUCCGUUUUGUUGAUGUCGGAAAGCUGCCACCGCCCGUACUUCAGUUUGUAGAAGUCACAUUUGGUUACACUCCUGAUAAUCUGAUCUACAAGAACAUUGACUUUGGGGUUGAUUUGGACUCGCGUAUAGCUCUGGUUGGGCCAAAUGGAGCUGGAAAGAGUACUCUCUUGAAGCUGAUGACAGGGGAGUUGUUCCCUACUGAUGGCAUGGUCCGGCGGCACAAUCACCUUAGAAUUGCUCAGUUCCAUCAGCACUUGGCUGAGAAGCUUGACGUGGAACUGUCUGCCCUGGCGUAUAUGAUCAAAGAGUACCCAGGAAAUGAGGAAGAAAAGAUGAGGGCUGCAAUUGGUAAGUUUGGCCUAUCGGGUAAGGCACAGGUAAUGGCAAUGAAGAAUUUAUCGGAUGGACAGAGGAGCCGUGUGAUCUUUGCUUGGUUGGCAUUUAGGCAGCCCCAAUUACUUUUGUUGGAUGAGCCAACCAAUCACUUGGAUAUUGAGACAAUUGACUCGCUGGCUGAGGCACUGAAUGAGUGGGACGGGGGUCUGGUUCUUGUUAGCCAUGAUUUCAGGCUCAUAAACCAGGUAGCUCAGGAAAUUUGGGUAUGUGAAAAUCAAGCUGUGACCCGGUGGGAGGGCGAUAUUAUGGACUUUAAGCGGCACCUAAAGGUUAAGGCUGGUUUAGGUGAAUGAGGCUGCGGCAGACACCCACUUCCAUCUAAGUUUGUAGUAGUUCAUUUGUUGGCCUUGCUUUACACUCGUAUGAGACAAUGUAGUGAGGGUACUUUUUACUAUUUCUGAGCCAUGUCUUCUCAGACUGACUGUGACGGAAGAUGAGCGGAAUGGGCGAAAGGCUUGGUUAUUGUUUCAAGCCGGCGGCAGUUUCUAUGCCCGUAGCCCAACUUGUAGGUGGGAUUUUUUUGUUUACAUUGCGCAUGUUUGGACGUUUAUAUUUUGCUUGGUUAGUAGCCAAGUCGAUUACAUUAUAGUUAUUUUAGGUAGAUACGUUGCCUAUGCCUUGUUCUUUUCCUUGAAAAUGUUGUACUUGCAUAUUAUUUAUAAUAUUGGAAAUUCUAUC